CAUGCACCCUAUACCACCACAGUGGACGGCUAAUUGGCUAGCUGCAUUUUGUUCCAAGUAUGAAGCUUUGAAUAGUUUUUAUAUCGUUUUCUUUUCAGGCCCUGCUGCCACAACGCACCAGAUACAGUUAGGUUUUUUCAAAGUUUGAUGAGGUUUGAAGAACUUUGAUGCCAGUUGGGCUGGACUGAAAAAUGUGCCCGAAACACAAAGGCCCUUUACGAACUGCUGGGCAUUAAUUAGGGGGACGCAGGAGUGGCUGCGCGAUGUGAUAGGAUGCUGAACCAUCACUUCAGAAGGAACCCGGACCUGCAGGAGGAGCUGCAGAUCCAGGCGGCGGUGGCAGCUGGCGAUGUCUACACCGUACGCAAGAUGCUGGAGCAGGGCUACUCGCCCAAAAUCAGGGACGCCAACGGCUGGACACUGCUACACUUCUCUGCCGCCAAGGGCAAGGAACGCUGUGUCCGUGUCUUCCUCGAGCAUGGAGCUGACCCGACCGUAAAGGACUUUAUUGGGGGUUUCACGGCACUGCACUAUGCUGCCAUGCACGGACGUGCACGCAUUGCUCGCCUUAUGCUGGAAUCGGAGCAUCGCAGCGACAUCAUUAAUGCCAAGAGCAACGACGGUUGGACUCCACUGCAUGUGGCCGCACACUAUGGACGUGACUCAUUUGUGCGCCUGCUCUUGGAAUUCCAUGCUGAUGUAGACCCACUGAGCGACAAAGGUACUACGCCAUUGCAGCUGGCCAUCAUCAGAGAGCGCUCGAGCUGCGUACGGCUGCUGCUCGACCACCACGCCAACAUCGACGUGCAGAAUGGCUUCCUGCUGCGCUACGCCGUCAUCAAGGGUAACCACGCGUACUGCCGCAUGUUCCUACAGCGUGGGGCAGACACCAACCUUGGACGUGUGGAGGACGGUCAGACGCCACUUCACCUCUCAGCUCUGCGUGACGACGUGCUCUGUGCGCAGCUUCUCUACGCCUAUGGAGCGGACACAAACACGCGCAACUAUGAGGGCCAGACACCGGCCGCUGUGUCAGCCAGCAUGUCCCGCACUAGCCGGCCCUGCCUCGACUUCCUACAGGAGGUUACACGCCAACCCAGGACUUUGCAGGACAUGUGUCGGAUAAAGAUUCGUCAGUGCAUAGGUCUUCAAAGCUUAAAGUUUCUGGAGGACUUGCCUAUUGCCAAGGUGAUGAAGGACUACUUAAAACACAAGUUUGACAAUGUCUGACAGAGGCCUGAAAAACUCCAGGCAUCAGCACAGGAACAGAUUCUCUAAUUAAGACUAUGCAACAUCUCAUUUUUUUUUCAGUUCUCGCAUUGUUUUCUAUAACAGUGUGUGAUGUUUUUUAGUCAUUUAAUCUGAAAAUAUAGCCAAACUACUUGUCAUGGACACUGAAGCACAGCUUUUGUUUCUCAUUUCUUUAUUUGAGCAAAGUUUCAGUACUAGUAUUAGGUUGGAAUUAAAGAUGAUGUCAAAAGCUGAUGUUAUGAUGAUCUUAAUAUUAAACUAGUAUCAUGACUUUUGAUGUGUUAUUAAAUAUUAUUAAAUUAUAUGACUAUAAAAAUUUGAAGAAAAAAAAGCAUUUAAGCUGAUAGUUUGCAGAUGCCCCAAAACAAUUUUAAAAUACUAAUUUCACAUGCAUAUUUCAUGUAUGCCUCCAUAUUUCAUAUACGCCUCCACAUUUUUUGUGAUCGGAAAAGCAUUUUUUGUGAUCAGUUGCAAAACAUCAAUCAGGUUUUCUUAUCAGGCUGCACCGGCACACUGACUGAUAACGCAUUACACCCCAUUUUUCAAGUUAUAGUAGAUGAAAAAAAAAAAAAAAUUUUUUUUUUUUUUUUUUUUUACCUAACUUACUGACCCUUUUGUUUAGGAUGAGUGGAAUUUAAGCUUCCAUACAAAAUGAAAUUGUGCACCUUCUACUUAUUUACCCUAAACUAUUAACAAUUCAGCACAUUUCGAAGGCACACCAAGUUAGCAGUCACAUUCAAUACAAAAUAUUUGACUUGUGAAACAAGCAUUAAAACUGUGAUUUGAAGUUCUCCUCAGUUUUCCAACUUGAAGUUUUGGUUUUCUCAUGAUUCCGCUCUCAUUAACAAGGACUCUACACUAUGUAUAUAAUUGUCUCAUAUGUACAGCAGAUAUUUUUCUAGAAUUAUUUAAGCUAUGACCUCUUGUAUCAUAAAGUGUUAAGGUUUUUUUUUUUUUUUUUUUGAUGUGUGCUUUUUUUUUUUAAGUCUUAAUAUUUGUUUUGUAUCACUUUUAGAAUUGAAAUGCAUUGACAAACUAAUUGGGAUCAAUUAGUGAAAUUGUGGCAGUUUGAUUAAAAAUUUCCCCUCAAUCAGAUUUAUCUAUAAUUGUUCUUUUGGAAGUUGGCACAUGGCAGGAAAAAAAAUUUGCGCUCACUGUUUAAAGCCCACAGUAUUCAUUUGUGCCUUUCACAUGGGUGGAAUGUUGGGUUGCUCAACAUCUUGCACAUUUUUCUCUGGGAUGUCACUUUUUCAAUUAAGUUUUAGUUCAUCAUCGUUUUCUUUAAGAUGCACCAGAUUUUAAAAGGUUUUCCCAGUAUUGAAUAGACACAAGCAUUUAUUUGGUAAUUAGAAUCAGUUAUGCUAAUAUAUUGAAAUAAGAAUACCCCAGAAAGCUCAAAAUAUUGACAGCCAUGCAUUCUUUUUAAAGGGCAGUCCCUUAUAAUUCUUCUUUUUCAUUACACAUUUAAAGAGGGAGUAAACAUGGACAGUCCCUCAAUUUCAGAGGUGAUGCAGUUGUAAAUCAGAACUUAAGUUUAAAUAAAUUUAAAACGAAGUGUA